CAGGAAAGAAUGGCGUCAGAGGAAUCCGAGGUCCUCCGGGCGCUCCCGGUGCCACGGGCUCCGAUGGCCCCAUGGGCCCUCGCGGCCCCAUCGGUCAACCUGGACUGCAAGGAGCUCCGGGCAUCAGCGGCGAUCAGGGCCCGCCGGGUGUCCCUGGCAUCUGGGGAAGACAAGGGCCGCCGGGGCUGGCCGGUCCUCAGGGUCCUCCCGGCCCCCCAGGAACUGCUGGACAGGAGGGAACAGCUGGAGUAGCAGGGUAUCCUGGCACUCCAGGACUCAUCGGUGUGGUCGGAGCUCCGGGGAUGUGGGGACAGCAAGGAGAGCCUGGGACUCCGGGUGUCGGCAUCAAGGGAGCCAAAGGAAUCGCCGGCGUUAGAGGAGCCGCAGCCUCGUCCGGGGCGCCCGGGAGCCCUGGAGCCAACGGGACCCCAGGAACGGCAGGAGCGCCAGGAGCCAACGGAGCGCGAGGGAUGCCAGGAGCUCACGGAGCCCCAGGUUAUAACGGUCGCAACGGAGUCGCGCACGGCUGCAACUACAGUUGCCUUCGAAGAUACGGACAUUGCAUGUGCUGAUUCGCCAACAACGGAUCGAUUUCUUUCUUGUACCUUGCUGAUUUCUACUCAAAUUUUCAAACCU